UAGCUUCCCUCAUCAGUUGGCUAUGGUUUAAGUUGUAAGGCCUGGUCAAAGAGAGGAACUUUUAACAUUUUUUAGGCAAUUGUGGUGCCGCAGAAACCAAACUCAUCACCGGCCUGGCUUAGAAGCGCUCACACACCAAGUCUGCCAUGGGGCCCUCGGCGGUCGAGAUUUUGGGCGAAACGUGUCCAGGCCGAGUCCGCGCGGCGCGGGGCCGGCCCUACCGAGAGCCACGGCGGCGGGAGCCGCAGGUCGGUGUUCGGUGCGGCGCUGCAGACCGCUCUGCCCGCGAGCGGAGCCCGGGCUCCUGAGGGGGAGCGGCGCUGGGGCCGAGCGGCGCUGGGGGCGGCGGCGUCGGGGUGGGGGCGGGAGCCGGGCGGCAGCUCCAGCGCCCGUGGGGGAGGAGCGGCAGCGGCGGCGGCGGCGGCUGGAGCUGCUGUGGCGACGGACGCGAGGCGGUGGCAGAGGAGACCCACCCCUGUCCACAUGGACAGUCGCAGAGGCCUCGGCUGAUGCAUACACGCCUGGGCGGGGUGGGCGGACGGCCGUAGCGGCGGCGGCGGCGGCGGCGGCUGUAGAGGGAGCGAAGGGCCUGGGGGCGCCUGACGGUCGCGAAGACCUCGCCGCCCCGGCGCGGCGGCUGCGGCCAUUUUACGGCCCGGGACGAAGGGAGGUGUGUUUGUGUGCUCGCCUUCAGCCUCUCUUCCUGGGGCCCGCGGCUGGGGAGAGCGUCUCAGGCGGCCUGGGGAGGCGGUGGAUGGGGAGUCGUGGGCCGAGAGGAACCGGGCCCGGGAAGCGCCGUCGCCGUCGUCGCCGCUCGCGUUCCCCCGGAGGGGCCUGAGGAGAAGCCCAGGCCGCGGGCCUCGCCACCCGCCAGCCCGCGGAUAGGCCCGGGAGCGCCUAGCCUGCUUUUGUGUAGGCCCAUCUGGACGUAGGAGCGCCGCCCCCCUGACGGCCGAGUUCUAGGCCCGCAACCCUGCGGCGGCUACCCUCCUGCGGCGCGGCCCCUCAUCCCGGCGAGCGCGGCGGUGGUGUGGGCCAUGGAUUAAGAAGGAGGCGGCGUGGGAGGAGGAAGAUGGCGGCUGGCAAGAGCGGCGGCAGCGCUGGGGAGAUUACUUUUCUGGAAGCUUUGACUAGAUCAGAAUCUAAGAGAGAUGGAGGUUUUAAAAAUAAUUGGAGCUUUGAUCAUGGAGACGAAAGUGAAGGAGAUACAGAUAAAGAUGAGGCAAAUCUACUCAGUGUCGAUGAAGAUGAGGAUUCCGAGACCUCAAAAGGAAAAAAGUUAAAUCGUCAAUCUGAAAUUGUUUCCACCAGUUCUGGUGAUCCCUGGAAGACAUGUACAAGACGAAGCAAGGCUGAAAGUUUAAAACCUUUAAAAGGCAACCCAAUUGGACUUAACAUGUUAAGCAACAAUAAGAAAUUGAGUGAAAAUGCACAAAAUGCAUCAAUAUGUUCUGGAACUGUAGUUCAUGGUAGACGUUUUCAACAUGCUAAUGCACAGAUAUCACUAGUAAAAACAGCAGCCCAAAGGAAAGAAUACCCACCUCAUGUACAAAAAUUUGAAAAUAAUUCUGUAAGGUUGAGUCGGCCUCAAGGUGUUGAUCGCAUAAUAAAGAAAACUGAAGAGUCUGAAUCACACCUGGAGUCUGAAAUUAAAAGGAAAGUACCACAGAAACGUCACAGUAGCACAUAUCAGUCUCCGCCUCCUCUGUCUCCUGCUUCAAAAAAAUGUUUAACUGAUUUAGAGGAUUUGCAAAGAAAUUGCAGACAAGCUAUAACUUUGAGUGAAUCUACUGGACCAUUAUUAAGAACAUCAAUUCAUCAGAAUUCUGGAGGACAGAAGGCACAAAACACAGCAUUACCAUCCAAGAAGUUUUAUGGCAACAGUGUGGGAAAGAUUCCAGUUGAUAUUAUUGUGAAUUGUGAUGAUAGUAGACAGAAUUAUUUACAGACUAAUGGGAAAGUCAUUUUACCUAGGGCAAAAGUAGCCAAAAUCACAAACCUGAAAGAAAGGAAAACAAGCCUGUCAGACCUAAAUGAUCCAAUAAUUUUGUCCAGUGAUGAUGAUGAUGAUGACAAUGACAGGACUAACAGAAGAGAAAGCAUAUCUCCUCAACCUGCUGAUUCAGCAUGUUCUUCCCCAGCACCAUCCACUGGAAAAGUAGAAGCAGCACUAAAUGAAAAUAUCUGUAGAGUAGAGCAUGAACUAAGAAGCAUUCCAGCAGAUUCAGAGUUAAAUACAGUUACAUUGCCAAGAAAAGCAAGAAUGAAAGACCAGUUUGGUAAUUCUAUUGUCAACACACCUCUAAAACGUCGUAAAGUGACGUCUCAAGAAACUUUAGUUGAUCCUGUAUCUUUAAGCUGCCAAAGUUCCUUUGACAGUGUCAUUUUAAACUGUCGAAGUAUACGAGUAGGAACACUCUUCCGGCUAUUAAUAGAGCCUGUAAUUUUUUGUUUAGAUUUUAUCAAGAUACAGCUAGAAGAACCAGAAAAUGAUCCUGUAGGGAUUACUUUAAAUACCUCUGAUCUAACUAAAUGUGAAUGGUGUAAUGUCCGAAAAUUGCCAGUCGUGUUUCUUCAGACAAUACCAGCAGUUUAUCAAAAGCUGAGCAUGCAGCUGCAAAUGAAUAUGGAGGAUAAAGUUUGGAAUGAUUCUAAGGGAACAAAUAAAUUAAAAAAUUUGGAAGAACAAUACAUAAUUUUAAUUUUUCAAAAUGGCCUUGAUCCUCAGGCAAAUAUGGUAUUUGAAAGUAUCAUUACUGACAUUGGCAUAAAGAAUAAUGUGUCCAAUUUUUUUGCAAAAAUCCCCUUUGAAGAAGCCAAUAGCAGACUUGUUGCCUGUACAAGAACAUAUGAAGAAAGCAUCAAAGGAAGUUGUGUGCAAAAGGAAAACAAAAUUAAAAAUGUGUCUCUUGAAUCUAAAAUACAACUUAAAAACAAGCAAGAAUUUCAAUUUUUUGAUGAUGAUGAAGAAACUGGAGAGAAUCAUACCAUCUUCAUGGGCCCUGUGGAAAAAUUGAUAGUAUAUCCACCACCUCCGGCUAAGGGAGGCAUCUCCGUUACUAAUGAGGAUCUGCACUGUCUAAGUGAAGGAGAAUUUUUAAAUGAUGUUAUUAUAGACUUUUAUUUGAAAUAUUUGGUGCUUGAAAAACUGAAGAAAGAAGAAGCUGACCGAAUUCAUAUAUUCAGUUCUUUUUUCUAUAAACGCCUUAAUCAGAGAGAAAGAAGAAAUCUUCACGAAACAACUAAUCUAUCAAUACAGCAAAAGCGACAUGGGAGAGUAAAAACAUGGACCCGGCAUGUAGAUAUUUUUGAGAAGGAUUUUAUUUUUGUACCCCUUAAUGAAGCUGCACACUGGUUUUUGGCUGUUGUUUGUUUCCCUGGUUUGGAAAAACCAAAGUAUGAACCUAAUCCUCAUUACCAUGAAAAUACAGUCAUGCAAAAAUGUUCAGCUGUAGAGGACAGUUGUAUUUCUUCUCCUUCAGCCAGUGAAAUGGACAGUUGUUCACAAAACUCUUCUGCCAAGCCUGUAAUUAAGAAGAUGCUAAACAGAAAACAUUGCGUAGCUGGAAUUGAUUCAACUGCCGAACAGGAAGAAAGUGACCCUCAUUAUCGGAGAAACACAGGCAGCGUGAAAUGUAGUCUGAAAAAAAUAAAUCAUACUGCAAGUGAAAAUGAAGAAUCGAAUAAAGGAGAAUCUCCAUGCCAGAAAGUUAAUGAUAGGACUAAAAGUGAAAAUGGCCUACAGAAUGAAUAUUUAAGUUCUAUGCACCAUACAGAUGGCUUAAGCAAAAUUAGACUAAACUAUAGUGAUGAAUCAACUGAAGGUAGCAAAAUGCUUGAAGAUGAACUCAUCGACUUCUCAGAAGAUCAGGAUAACCAGGAUGAUAGCAGUGAUGAUGGAUUCCUUGCCGAUGACAACUGCAAUUCAGAAAUAGGACAGUGGCAUUUAAAGCCUACUAUCUGUAAACAACCUUGUAUCCUACUGAUGGACUCACUUAGAGGCCCUUCUCGAUCAAAUGUUGUAAAAAUUCUAAGAGAGUAUUUAGAGGUGGAAUGGGAAGUUAAAAAAGGAAGCAAAAGAAGUUUUUCCAAAGAUGUUAUGAAAGGCUCUAAUCCAAAAGUACCCCAGCAAAACAACUUCAGUGAUUGUGGUGUAUAUGUGUUACAGUAUGUAGAGAGCUUUUUUGAGAAUCCAAUUCUCAAUUUUGAACUACCUAUGAAUUUGGCAAACUGGUUUCCUCCCCCAAGAAUGAGAACAAAAAGAGAAGAAAUCCGAAACAUAAUUCUGAAGCUACAGGAAGAUCAGAGCAAAGACAAAAAGAAGCAUAAGGACGCUUAUUCAACAGAAACAUCUUUAGGUGAAGGAACAGAACAAUAUGUCAAUAACAUCUCAGAUUGAUCCAUUUCUGAUGCUUGUCAGUAUUGCCUUCAGAAACUGAGUGGCUUUCAACUUUGGAUAUAGACAGUAAAGAACUGAAGUGUUCACUACUCAGAGUGAUCUGGAAAUGUUAAUGCUUGUAUAAAUGUCAUAUAAUUAAUUUCCGAUGGAGUAUGUAUUAAGUAAAAGUUUGUAAAUAUGUUAAUGAGGCCAAUUUUUCCAGCAUUUAUAAUUAUUUUUUUCACUUGUUAGGAAGCUUUUGUUAUGUAUUUUCUGUUAAUAGUACUUAAAACUGCAACUUCUAAACACAAAAUAAAUAAAAAGAAAAUAUUUAUAGGAGGAAAUGAUUAAUUUGAUAUUCUUUAGUGAACUUGUAUUAAAUUCCUUAGUAAGUGUGACAUAUUUCAUGGGAAUAUUCAAGUAUCUAUGAUAAUCUUUUGACCUUCUGCAUUUGUUCUAAAAUAACUUGAAACAUGAAAAUAUGAUUAAAUAUAAGACAUUUUGGACAAGAAAGACAUCUUCAUAUGCUUGUAUAGUGGAAAAAAAUAACAGCUUUUUAAUUCAUACACUCCCUUGUGUUCAGAGAACCCCAAAAAUGUAAUAUUUAUAAUUUUACACAAAUAUUUAAGAAGCAGUAUUAAGAGAAAUUCAAAGAAAAAUAACCUUGAAUUAUACUACUAAAUAAUAAUUAUACUUUAUCAUACCUUAUUGUCAAGUACAUUUCUGAAGACGUCAAAGACUCAGGUUAAAACUAUUUUGGUAAGUGCAGCUUAAAUUUCAAAUAUCCCAUGUUACCUUUCUAUAUUAUAGCUUAAAGUAUGCUACAAUCUGUGUGAUAUAGUUAAUUAAUAAACGUUUUUAAUCUGUGUGGACACAGGAAUUUAAAUAGGAAUUUACUAUUUUUUGUAAUGGCUUUUGCUAUUUUUUCAUUGCUCAUUUUGUUCUCGUUAUUUUGAUAAACAAAGUAUCAGAUUUCUGUGCUUGAGUUUUUUAGUGUAAAUUAUUUUUACAUGUAAAAGUACUGUCUUUAAAUCAGUUGCAUAAUGCAGAAAAAAAAAUCUACCUUGAAUUUCCCUUUAAAAAUACUAAAAUGUGAUGGUUUUGAUGACAGAUUUACAACUCAUGUAGGGAUUGUGCAUAUAUCUGCUGAAACUAUUAUUUUCAAAUGAAAUAUUAUACAUUUCUUUUUAAUUAACUUUGAGACUUGAAAUAUAUAUUUUAAAAGUCUUUUUUUGUUAAAUAAUUUUAAAAUGCACAUAUAACAAAAGUAGUU